GUCGGAGUGUAUCGUAAACAAGUGUAUUUUGUUUUGGCCAAACGAUGGAUCGGAACAGCCUUUCAGGAACGCUUGUAUCAAGUUUUUGUCGCAUUUGUACAACAAACAACGAUGUAGAUUGGUCCAUUUACGAAACAUUGAAAGAAGAUGAAGCCACGACGAACCUGCAUAUGAUGCUGGUUAAGCUCUACCCAACAGUGUUCAAUGAGUCGCAGGUACUCUGUGAUGAAGCCUUGAAAUGGCCAAUGAAAAUAUGCAAAGAAUGUAAGGCUAAAGUGAUAGAAUCGUACAGUUUCUACGAGCUCUGCAUAAAGAGUGCACGUAGCUUGAGAACGAUAGCUUUGAAUGAACAAUCUACCACUGACACCCUACAAGAGGAGAAGGAUGAUCAUUCCGCAGUGAUCAAGACAGAGUUCAUUGAAUGUGAGGAAACUAUUGUGCCGAAAGAAGAGUAUGACUCAGAGGACCACAGUUCGGCCUACAAUGGAUUCAACGAGAGUUCGUCAAGAGAUGAUGUUUUCGGCGACACUGAGGACAGUCUACCGGCACAAACUAGUAGUUCUUCAUCGGUCCACAAAAUGCAACAACAAAAAUGCAUAAAAAACAAAGCUAAUUCCAGAGAUCUCCAGAGGCGGAAAAUUACAUCAGACACCGAUCGAGCGAAAAUAAUAUUUGCAUUCGAGAAAGGCGUUACUGCGACUGAAAUUUCCAAAUCCAUGGAAAUCAAUUUAAGCACGAUUUUCGGCGUCAUUAGCAACUAUCGAAAGACCGGCGACAUUAAAGCAAAAAAGCGAGGAGGUACUAAGAGCAAAAUGUUGAGUGAAGCACAUAUUUCCCGCAUUCGAGCUUUGCGCAAGGAGAAUAGUAGAUUGCCACUCAAAAAAAUACAGCAAAAGUUAUUAGAAGAAUUCGGCAUUUUAGUAUCUUCAACGACCAUUUCGAGAGGGUUAGAGAAGGUGGUAAAAAAAGUAAUACCUGCUGCUGAUGUUUUCUCUUCAGAAGAAUUCCUCAAAAAAUUUAAUUCAUAGAAGAUGAACUCUUGUCAAACCAGGUGUUCUUGUACAAUGAUCUUUAAUUGCUGAUAAAAACAGAUAUA